AUGGCCGCCUACUCGUCGUACGAAUUCAUGCGCGUGACCUUUCCGUCGGCGUACGUCGCGCACCUGGAGAUGAACCGGCCGUCUAAGCUGAAUGCCUUUUCGAGGCCGGUGUGGCUCGAGUUCGGGCGCGUCUUUCGCCAGCUCAGCGACGAUGCCGACGUGCGGGUGGUGGUGUUGAGCGGCGCGGGGGACAGGGCCUUCACGGCCGGCCUGGACGUGUCGGCUGCUAGUUCCGAGGGGCCGCUUUCCGGCGAGGGAGGCGACUUGGAUCCCGCGCGCAAGGCCAAGGCUUUAAGGGGUCACAUUGGGGAGUUUCAGGGGUGUAUUUCUGAGAUGGAGAGGUGUGAGAAGCCUGUUAUUUGCGCUCUGCACGGCGUCUCGCUAGGCCUCGCCAUCGACAUCUCGUGCUGCGCCGACGUCCGCCUCGCCGCUUCCAACACCCGCUUCGCCGUCAAGGAGGUUGACAUUGGGCUCGCCGCCGACAUUGGCACCCUCGCGCGCCUGCCCAGGAUUGUCGGCUCCACGUCCUGGGUCAAGGACGUGUGCCUGUCCGCCAGGGACUUCUCCGCCCAGGAAGCCCUGCAGGUCGGGUUCGUGAGCCAAGUCCACGAGGACAAGGCGCGGACGGUGCAGGCCGCGCUGGACAUGGCGUCGCGGCUGGCGGAGAAGAGCCCCGUCGCGGUGCAGGGCACCAAGGAGCUGUUGAAUUACGGGAGGGAUAAUGGCACCGCCGCUGCGUUGCGGUACACGACUAUUUGGAAUUCGGUCGCUCUGCAGGCCGGCGAUGUGCCGAGUGCGUUGAUGAGUGUGUUUUCGAAGAAGACGCCGACGUUUGAGAAGCUGUAG